CGGGGAGGCUGAACCUAGCAGGUUUGGUCCCGAUUUGUGCGUGCGCGGCGUUACCCAGAUCAGCCACUGCGGGUAUCUUGAGGGUUUCUUCACGCUGUGGCACUCGUGCAUUUGGGCGCUUUGUGUCUGUGUGUAACUGUCUAGCUAGCAGCUAGGGAACUCAUCCCCGGCUCGCUCAGCUCCUCCAUCGCAGCCCAGCAGGGAGACCCGCGCCGCCAGUUCCGCAAGGGAUGGAGCGGACCGAGGUGCUAAAGCCACGCACCCUGGCGGAUCUGAUCCGCAUCCUGCACCAGCUCUUUGCCGGCGAGGAGGUCAAUGUGGAGGAGGUGCAGGCCGUCCUGGAAGCCUACGAGAGCAACCCCGCCGAGUGGGCGGUGUACGCCAAGUUUGACCAGUACAGAUAUACCCGAAAUCUUGUGGAUCAAGGAAAUGGAAAAUUUAAUCUCAUGAUUCUGUGUUGGGGUGAAGGACACGGCAGCAGUAUCCAUGAUCACACCGACUCCCACUGCUUUCUGAAGAUGCUGCAGGGAAAUCUAAAGGAGACAUUAUUUGCGUGGCCUGACAAAAAAUCCAAUGAGAUGAUCAAGAAGUCUGAAAGAAUCUUGAGGGAAAACCAGUGUGCCUACAUCAACGAUUCCAUUGGCUUACAUCGAGUAGAGAAUAUUAGCCACACAGAACCUGCCAUGAGCCUUCACUUGUACAGUCCGCCUUUUGAUACGUGCCAUGCCUUUGAUCAAAGAACAGGACAUAAAAGCAAAGUCACCAUGACAUUCCAUAGCAAAUUUGGAAUCAGGACUCCAUUUACAGCUUCAGGAUCACUGGAGAACAACUAAGGAGCACCAGACCCUCUGAGGUUUUACUUUAAGGUCCGGUGAAAGUUUUGCCUUGGACAGGAAGGCCUCCUACCAUUUGCUGUCCGGUAAUAUACUUUACAAGGCAAAUACUUAGAUCGACCAUAAGGCAGAUGCUAAUUAUAAGGCAUUAAGUAAGCAAAUAGUGCCCUGAGCUACUUAGAGAAGAAAAAAAUCCCACUAAAGAUAAAAAGGCUUGUGAUUUUCAAGGCCAAAUCAAGUGCUCCACUUGUUUUGCCCUCUAAACCCAUUGGAACUAUGCUGGGAAUGUCAGUGAAGGUCUUUAUAAUUUUUGGAAACCCUUUGGUCUCUGAACUGUAAUUAGCAAUAAAUAAAAACAAGACAUCAAA